AUGCACCUAUCGGCUGCCUUCGAUACUGUGAACCAUCAGAUCCUCCUCUCCACCCUCUACGAGUUGGGCAUCGCCGACGCGGCCCACGCUUGGAUUGCGUCCUACCUGACAGGUCGCUCCUACCAGGUGGCGUGCGCUCUUUGCUCAAAACACACCCCUUACCUGGCCAAAACCCAGGUUACCAAAUGGUUCCAGACCACAAUUAGAAAAGCUUGGGGACAGAUAUCCCACAAGUACGAAUUUGAGCUGACAUUUCGCAACAUAGACGCCCCAGGAGCUCUGAUGGUUCGAUUCAGAUCAGGGAAGGUGAUAACCUUCGAUAUGGCUCCCAUGGUGAAACUCAAAGACACUGAAGCUUAUUUCACCAUUUCUCCUUCCACCCCAACUACGAACAACUCCUUGGACACAUACUGGAGCCUCUCAUUGACCACUUACGAGGACCACUUCCUGAAGUACCUGGCCAAUCACCUGCCUGAAAACUCCUGCCACAUUCACUGCCUUGGAAUUGUAGCGUUCCUUCACAAAAAGCAAACGGGCCUCACAGGCAGAAGUAUCCUUACAGAUCAUCACUUCAAAACAGUGUUAAUUCACUUGCUUUUGAGUAAAGAGCCUCCUGACUGGUACCCUGAACACUUGGCUAGCAGGUUACGUGAUGCAUUGCACUUCCUAGAAAAUAGCCUUCAGGGUAGGAAGUUGCUUCACAGCUUUAUUGGAAAGCCUCUGGUUCCAAGUGAGAUUGGACUCCCUGCUGUAUUUAGUGAUGCAGAGCCUGUAAAUCUCUUCCGCCCUCUUGGGGUACAAAAUGGCAGCUACACCAAGACUGUAAAGCACUUGCAAGAGAUGCUCAGGAACUCUUCCAUGCUGAUAGAGGAGUAUUUGCCAAAGCCGAAGGAAUGCAAUGGUCUGGACAAAACUUCAACUGGUAUAGAGUGUUGA